UGAAAAAGUAAUGCACAAAAACCCGCACACGAAACCUGAGUUUUCCAUCGCAAAAAGCAGAUCCUCAGCUUAAAAUUAAACAUGAAAAGGUAUCUGAUUCUCGUCAUCUGUCUUAGCCUUGCAUUAGGCCAAGAACCGACGCUGCCGCCAGAACCAACAAGUCCACCAUCUCCAUCAAAACAUCCUUUUAAGGUAAACAUUUUUUUUAGCUUAGAGUUCCUAUAAGACCAAAGAGUGGAAAGAUAUAGACUAAGAUAGGGUGAGUUGCAAGUAUUGUGGUGGUGUACAAUAAUAGUAUAGAAGCACCUCAAAGUAGCGAAUGCCAUAUAGUGCUUCAAGUUUUUUGGUCGCUGAGCUGAAAUAAAAACCAAGUAUUAUCAGUAAUCUUUUUCCUACUAGGAACUCGAAAAGAAAGAUUUCCGAAUUUUUUCCAACUAAUGGUCAUUUUUGGCUUUUUAAGUAACUUAAGAAUUUAACUCGAAAACUUUGGCCCACUUUUUCAAGUUACAAUCUGUUUUCCAUCCUCACCAGCGAAUCUCAAACUCAUUCACUCAUAGCUGAGGUAUAGUAGUAAAGAGAUUUUACCCAAAGCGGAACCAUUGGUUCAGGGUUUUCUUUGAUUCCAUUUUGUUUUUAGGGCAGUUUUUGGUAUUACUUGAAUAUAUUUAUAGACAUAGCCCCUGUAACUGGGCAUCGUGAACCAGUCCUUAUCCAAACCUUUUUGUUCUAUGGUUCUCAUAAGCGUGGCGCUGGACAAAAAUUCCGCAUUUUUUGUUUACAAUAAUUGUUUCUUUGCUUUUGUUAUUAUCUUUCUGGCCAGCACUGCCUCGAAACUUAUAAUCAAUGCGUACAAGAAGCUGGCUCAGAAUGGAAGCCUCAACAAGCCUGCUUUCUGGGAUUCUAUAAAUGCCAGAAUAAAUACACGGUAAGUAUUUGAGGCAAAUAUCGUCACUGUUGUAUUCUUUGCAUUUUGUUUGUUUGUUUCUCGGCUGCAGGCUUUUUUUCGUUUGUGCUCCAUGCCGCAAGGAAGUAGCAAACAGCUGCAAAAGGCCGUGCCUGUAAAUUUUAUCUCCGUUCCAAUCACCCAAGGAUCUUCUUUUUUGGAAAAUGAUAUGACAAAAGACACUACAAAGAUGAUCGUCUCAUUUUUUAUUAUUUCAUUUUCUUCUUUUGUUUUGUGUUCGUUGUCUGUGAAGGAUGCGUGCUAAUACUACAACUUUUUGCGUUUUACUAUCUCCAUUUAACCAACGUUUGCAUAACAUGUCUUUGUAGAAAGCCAAUUUAUUCUUGACUUCGGCAGUACAGGAAUCUGAAUCGGAGUUAACCUGAGAUCAGGCCCAAUUUUAGCAGUUCUCAUACAUUCUCUCUUACGUGUUCCCGCUACCCGCCGGAAUGUUAUUUACAAAGCAAAACGAAAAUAGAGCCUGAUCUCAAGUUAUGGCGGAGUCAGAUCCGUAGGUGAAGGGCCCGCUCAUUCAGUACCUCUGAUAUAACGGGGGGGGUCAAGGGGGAGCAAGCCUGAAAAACAAGCCCUUAAAAUAAUCCACCACUGAAAAUUACCACGUAAUGAAUAGGAUAAUCCUACGGCUUUUGACUGUUAUUAUUUUUUGGCCCGUUCGACUGACGAAGGAAAAAGAUAGGAGAAAAAGCAAGAGCGAGGAGCCGAAAGGAAACGAGGAGAACAGGAAAAAACAAUGGCAGCUCUCUUAGUUUUUAUAAUAGCUACUUAGGAGAGCUUUUGGCCGAAAAAAAACUCUUGGACGCAAAAGGUCCCUGAUUUGACGAUAACGUUAUCAAAAAUAGGGCUAAAAAUACAUAUUCGUAAGUUCUUGAAUAUUUAAAAUUCAGUUUAAACUUUACUUUACAGGCAGAAUGCAGAAAAAUUUACAAAAACAACGGAUGUUACCAGGCUCUUGGAAGAGAUGAAUGUAUGAAGAAACUACGUGCCUGUUAUGGAUCCAGCUGA